GGCGGCGUUCACAUCGCUAUUUUCAAAUCUGUUUAAAUUUACCGUUGUCGUGCAUUGUCGUUACAAAUGGUUGCAAGCAAAUGUAUGAAAUCGCGACGCGGAUCACAGAGUGUCCAUAUAUAAACCGAAUAUAACGAUACAUUCGGAUUGCAGUUAGAAAUAUUCACCCGAACUAUAUCCUCAAUGGAUGAUAGCUUUUUUCAGUGGCGAGAAGGUGAUAGACCUUCAUCUAAAGGUGAUUUGCCAUUCCGGUCUUUUGAGGUUCCGGAUAGCGAAGAUGAGAGCAACGUCACGAACAGAAGCAACGCACAAGGGUAUUGUGUUCUCGAAUCUAGCGGCGACGACGAUACAAACGAUCUCCAAGACUCAAGAUCGUCCUUGGAAACCAGGAAUAAGAAUCGACGUAACACCAAUCGUUUAACUAACAGCUCAGAUUGUUCAAUCACAUCCAGUGAAGGUGACCCCCAGAUCAGCAAAGAUGAUGUACUUGAUGAAAGUAGUUCAGAUUCAGACAUACCAAUUUGGACAAAGAAGCGUGGUGCAAAAAAAAUAUUUGAUGAUACCUAUGAAGAAAUAGCAGACUCGUCUGAAACACAAGACAAACAGAUUCGGCCUAUUUCUGUGACUCCUGACAGCUCUAGUCCGCAAGAGAGCCCUUCAAGUGAAAACCACUGUGAUCAUGAUGAUAGUGUGUCCGUACUUGAAGAAGACAAUUAUUUGUUAUCCUCAUCUAAAUCUGAUGAAAAGAAGAACAGCAAAUCUGCAUUUAAUGGGAAUGGCGUUUUGCCAUGGUCCCUUGAAUCAAACGAAAGCACAGUUUCACACUCGGAGCAAGAAGAAAUUGUCAGUGGUAAGGCUUGGCCUGAAGAAGACGAUAAAAAUUCUAUAAAUAUUUCCGAUGACUCGGACACCACUGGCACAUCUAAUGAUUCGGAUGUUCAGCAUGUCGACCUUGUAUCUGAUGCAAGUGUAAGCAGCUCGUGUGCACUAAAUUCAAAUCCGGAGAAUGUUGCCACGGUUCUCUCUCUUGUUAAAAGUGAGGUAGGGGUUGGCAACAUAGAUCCACUUGUUGCACAAAAGCGAGCCAUACUCACUUUUAAUAUAGAAAAGGUUCAGAAUCAACUGGCAAAGUCCAAGAUGGUGCUUCAUACCUUAAACAUUGAUUUGCUCCCAGAUAAAGGUGAAAAAUUGAGACGGAGUAUUGAUACUGAUGAAACAAAACUCCAAAAGUUGUCAGAAGAAUUGGAAUCUCUUCCAAAGAUAGGUACACCCAAGCCCUCGAAACCAGCACAAGGAUACAUUUCUUCCCUUCAAUCUUUGGUCAAAAACCCAUCUGGUCCAAUGGAAAUCAAACCACUUGGCCUAAAAGCUCUUGCAACGCAAGAAAAAGAGCAAGCCUUAACUGUAGAGAGGCUGGCAGAUCUUCACGGAUCAUUGAAUGCUCGUCCAAGUGAAGACGAGCAAGCUCAAGAUCCAAAAGGUCUAAAAAUUUCCCUGAUGCCGCAUCAACGACAUGCUCUCGCAUGGCUUCUUUGGAGAGAGAAGCAAAAACCCCCUGGUGGAAUUUUAGCUGAUGAUAUGGGUCUGGGAAAAACAUUGACAAUGAUUUCUCUAAUUAUGUCAUCUUUAAAGGAUGUAAAUUCAGAUAAUGAUGAAGACGAUGAUGACACGUGGCUACAACGUAAAAAGACUAUCCAACCUUAUGGUGGUACUUUGGUGGUGUGCCCUGCCUCGCUACUUUCUCAAUGGGAAACUGAAAUAAAAACACGUGUGAAACGGGGUAUACUAGCUGUUGAAUUGUAUCAUGGAACUAACAGAGAAACUGUACCAAGACGUUUGGCUAGGAAUGAUGUAGUUAUCACGACUUACAAUUUAAUUAGCAGAGAUUAUAAGGUUAAUGCUGACUCCAUCCUCUACAAGAUCAACUGGAAAAGAGUUAUUCUUGACGAGGCUCACAUAGUACGUAAUCAUAAAAGCCAGCAAUCAGAAGCGGUAUGCCAUCUGUCUGGGCGUUAUCGUUGGGCUUUAACUGGUACACCUAUACAAAACAAGGAGUUGGAUCUUUAUGCUCUUUUGAAGUUUCUGAAAUGUUCACCAUUUGAUGACCUGCGUGUCUGGAAGCGAUGGGUAGAUAAUAAGAAUGCUGCUGGGCAGGAAAGAUUAGCUACUGUCAUGAAAACUCUGAUGCUACGCAGAACUAAAGUCGAAUUACAGGCUAAAGGUGGCCUUGGUUCUUUGCCAGAUAAAAAUCUGGAUGAAAUUCGCAUUAAACUGGAUCCUGAAGAGCAGCUGGUGUAUGAAAAAGUUUUGGUAUUUUCACGUAGCCUCUUUGCGCAGUUUUUACAUCAGAGAGCUGAGAAAAAUCACAUGUAUGAAAUGCAUUCCGGAAAGUUUGAUAACCCAUCAUUUCUUAAAACGCCAAAGGAUACACAAUUCACGAAAGUACAAAAUGAGCUGUUGGCAAGGCACGCCGAUGUCAAAGCUCAUGAGAUUUUAGUUCUCCUACUAAGAUUAAGGCAGGUCUGCUGUCACCCUGCGCUGAUACACGCCAUGUUGGAUCAAGAGGACCUGACAGUAAAUGAUAUUGUUGAUGAAAAACCUGAAAGUAUUGAUGUAAUGUCUAGACUUGGAGGUUUAAAACUUGAAGAUGAUGAAAAUAUUGAUCCGAAUGAGAUUGGUGUCGAUCGGAGAGUGGUGCAAAAUUUACUCACCACAAACAAUCCCGUUUUUAAUCCGUCACGACAAAGCUCCAAAUUGAGAGCUGUACUCCACACAAUACAAGAAAUACUGGAUAAAGGUGAUAAGAUGAUAGUAGUAUCACAAUGGACCAGUAUGCUGGAAGUUGUGAGGUCUCAUCUUAAAACCCUAAAUGGAGCAACUUAUGAUAUCCUGUCUGGAAAAAUUCCCGUAAAAAAUCGGCAGCGCAUAGUGGAGUCGUUCAAUACAAUAGACUCAGCACCGCAAAUUCUAUUACUAUCGCUUACUGCAGGCGGAGUGGGCUUAAAUUUGGUUGGCGGCAAUCACUUACUUUUGCUUGAUAUCCAUUGGAAUCCGCAAUUGGAAGCGCAAGCACAGGAUCGAAUUUACAGAGUUGGCCAAACUAAAAGCGUUUACAUUUACAAAUUUAUGUGUCUGGACACUGUAGAGCAGAGGAUUAAAGCACUGCAAGACAGAAAGCUAGAAAUAGCAAACGGAGUUUUGACAGGAGCAGGUACUGCAGCUGCCUCCAAGUUAUCGAUGGAUGAUCUCAAAUCUUUGUUCAGCUUGUAAAAUUUUUAUUUUGCCAAACGCCCGCACUUUCUGAUCUUACUUACGUAAUUUUACAAGAAGUCGAUCGACCCGUUACUUUUCGAUGUAUCUAUUUGCUGAAAACCAAAGUGUUUUGGUACGACUGAAGAAAAUACGCCCUAUUUUAUAAUAUGAGAAAUUCUACAUUAAUCUAUUUUAUAAGUGAAUAUAUUUAUGUAUAAAUUAGUUAUAGGUGUAUUCGUGAAACCUUUUCACAUACGUUAUUGUUUCAAAGCAUUCUUAAGCCUAGUUUUUUGAAGCAGUAAUCAAUUAUUCCAUUA